GCCAUCCAAAAGACGCAUUUCCGUUUUUAAUUUUUGCAAAAUUUUCUUCAAUCAUUGCCUUGUAUCUCAUGUAUUGACACGAUAGGACUCGCAUUCAUAUAAACCAUGUUUAAAAUAUUAUAGAAGGGUUCCAUACGAAUUGUAAAAAUGGACGAAUCAAUCGUCAAUAAGGCAGAUAUUGAUGAGAAACUUCAGCGGGAGAUGAGAAAUCUGUCCAACCUUAAGGCAUCUCUCAUGAAGAGUAAUCAGAUGACGGAAAACAUGUUGACAAUUCUAAGUAACUUUGAUGGAAGACUACGCAAACUCGAAGACACAAUUGUACCAGUAUACAAUGAAACUGGCAACUUACAAAGACGUCAAGAAAAUGUGGAAAAGACCCUUCAAUCACUGGAUAAUGCUAUAAAUUUCUAUCAUAUUGCCAGAGAGGUGGACAAUGACAUACGAGAGGGACCCAGUGCUGGACUCGAGCACUACCUUGAAUGUAUGGAGAAGCUACAGGGAGCCAUGGAUUACUUCAAAAUCAACAACCCAGCGAGUCCUGAAAUGUCAACUGCGACCACAUUAUUUGAAGCGGGGAAAGAUUCACUGGAGCGAGAAUUCAAAGACAUUCUUCAACAGUACAGUAAGCCUGUACCAGCCAUCGCUCUCUUGAAUAAACUAUCAGAGACGGAAGAGGAAAAGUCUGAGGAUGAGUCACUCAAGUUAGAAACACUAUCACAAGAUGUAAUUGAAGACCUCAGUACAAUAUCCAAGUGGCUGACAACUAAAGGGAAUUCAUAUGAUUUUAUGAAUGCAUAUGCACAGAUACGCUCUGGUGUUGUCACGAGAUCACUAGAAGUACUGAAGGAUCAUGGGAAGACAGGAAGUGGGGGUAGCGGCACUUUCAACAUGCCUUUGUCUCCUGCAGUUGGCAACAAACCCAGGACUCCACAGAAGCCCAUACCAGCCAGAAGGGAGUCUAGGAAGAACAGAUUUGCAGAGUUUGGUAGUAGGAAAGGGUCUAUUGCCACUAUUAAGCAGCAGUUCCAUGGCUUUAAAAUGGAAGCAGGUAUGGCUAUGGGUCAUAAACGUACAGUGAGUGGGCAGCCAACAGAUGUAGCUAAAGAUGAAAUCCCUGAGAUAGAGGUUGAGGUCUAUGUUGUUACAGCAUCAGCUCUUUUAAAACUACUCCAGAGUGAGGCUAGUCUUAUGACUGAGAUUAUUCCAGAAAAACACCAGAGAAAGAUCUUUGAUGUCCUUGUUCAACCUGGCCUCAAAGUUCUCACAAAUGAUGGGGAGAAUAUCUCCUCAUUGGCCAAAUGGGCAACAGGACGUCAUGAUUUCUCCGCCAUUUUGUCUGUGUGCCAUGUCUUGAAACAUCUACGAACCAUCAAGCCAGAUUUUGACAUAACAUUAGAGGGCUGCUCUGCUCCAACAAGGCAAUUGCUGACAAGUCUAGUCACAACUCUAAACUCAACUGGAUCAAAAGCAUUGCAGGAUUUUAUAGAUACAAUCAAGAAUGACCCAGAUAAGUCGUACAAUCUCCCAAAAGAUGGCACUGUUCAUGAGCUGACCAGUAAUACUGUUAAUUUCUUAGAACAGCUGGCGGAGUAUUCUGACACUGUGGGGGCAAUGUUGAUGACACAAGGGGCUGAUCCCUCUGCAAGACAAGAUAACAAACAUUCUAAAAAAUUGGCUGAAUAUAUGACUAAAGUUUUAUCUGCACUUGGGUUGAACAUGAGCAACAAGUCAGAGGUUUACACAGACCAGUCUCUGGGCGCCAUAUUCAUGCUGAAUAACUACAACUAUAUACUCAAGUCAAUGAAAAAGUCAGGGCUGUUAAGUGUGGUCCACUUGUGGAAUCCAGAUGUAGAAAAAUACUAUGACGACCAGAUUGUGGAACAGAAACGCAGAUACUCACAAAGUUGGAGUCGUGUGCUUCAUUAUGUUAUGGAAGGUUUCAAGCCCAUAUCCCAGCAGAAAACAGAGUCACCCGCCUCAGUACACAUGAAGGACUUUUUACGCGGAGUGGAGCUUAAAGAUAAAGACAGGCAGAUUAUAAAGGACAAAUUCACAGGUUUUAACAAGGAAAUGGAGGAUAUUUACCGCCUACAAAAGGCAUACGCUGUUCCAGAACCAAAUCUCCGUAAAAGCAUGAAACAGGACAAUAAGGACUAUAUACUGGACAAAUAUAAGAUGUUUCGGAAUAAAUACAUGCAUAUGAACUUCACGAAGAACCCAGACAAAUACAUUAAAUACACUGUGGAGGAUGUUUCUAGUUUUAUUGACCGCUUUUUUGAAUCUGCGGAAUAA